AAAAAAAAAAAAAAACAAAGAAAAGAAAAAACUUGAAUGGAUCAUUUAUGGCUACAAGUAUUGGAUUUCUUGAGCGGGCCAAAUCUUCAUCUGUAUCCUGACUGCGUGUUGAACAUGAUGACAGCAAAGCAGCGCAGUGAGGUUUAAUGAGAGUCGGUGAGUGUGGCCGCUUGCCAGACGGCAUGGCUUGGUUAAAGGAGCUCCUCCCACCUCCUUGUGCUUCCCCCCCUCCUCCUCCUCCUCCUCCUCCUCCCUCCUCCCUGACGCUGCAGCAGAGGACUUCAGCUGUUCUCCAGCAGCAUUUCACCUCUGCACACAGAGCAGCAGAAGCAGCAGAGGCAGCAGAGGCAUGCAGGGCUGGAGAGCAGCCCAGCCCCGCAGCGACGCACGCUACCCCGGCUCUGCAACCCGAGGGAGACCCGUAAGAAGAGGUGGAUACCGACCACACGGGAGAUCCGAGGAUAAUUAAUCGUUUCUGGACCCCCCCUCCUUUUUUUUUAUAUUAGUUAUUACUGUAUUUUUCUCAGGGGAAAGCUUUUCUGUUGCCAGGGAGGAAAAGGUCCGAGCAGCCAGCCAUGAGAGCUCAUCCUCCGACUGAAGGAUCCCUUCGCCACCUCCUUUGACCGAAUCCAACCCUCAGCAAACCCAAGAUGUCAUCCUGCAGCGACUUUGCAGAACACGUGUGGAAACCCGGCUCUUGCAAGAACUGCUUCCACCCGCUUAGUGCACACAAGACUGGCCGCGCCUCGGAUGACAACGUCCCGCCAGCUUGUUUGAAGAGCAGCCUGGGAGGUGAUGAGGAAGGUGGAGUGACCGCACCUUCGCCCUACAGCAAGCCGACCAUUGCUGUCAAACCCACCAUGAUGAGCUUUGACACCAGUGAGACGACGGAUGUGAACAUGAACAUAGAGCAGCCGGACAGUCCAAGGAGUCCAGCUGAACGGAUGGGCUUGAAGAAGCUCCUAAAUAUAUCUCCACUCUACAUUGAUGAUAAUAAUGAUUGCAACAAGGCCCAUAAAGAGGCGGUUCUUCAAAGCCCUGACGCCAAGAUUGACUACAACAGCAGCUGCCUCUCCUUGUCCCCCAGUAUCCUGCCCAAAGACUCUCUCUUUAUCAGUAAUGUCUUUGUCAGCCAGGAGGAAGGAAGAGGUUCGAAGAGUAUCAAGAAAAAUACCAAUGAGGACUCCUGCUGGAAGCAGAAUAAUACACUCGCUAAUGGACUGAAGAGCAAUUACAACGGAAGGACUGAUUUUAGGGAGUCCCACGAAUCAACAGUGCAGAUUCCUUUCUCUGUGGAUACGGUUCCUUCUGAACAUACCACUGUUCAUGGCAGCCAUAUAUGCAGUAGUAGCAUUAUCACGUCCAGCACUUCCACUGCCUACACCGCUGCCUCAAGUGUGGAUACUGUAAACCACAUUAGCCCAACGUCCCUCAGUCCUACUCCUGCCCUAUCUAAAGAGAACAGCUUGUCAGACUCCCCUUCUUCCUAUCACAGCAGUACCGACUCCCUUCCUGGACAGGAUGAAUCGGUAGAAAAGCAAAAUGGGUUAGUGAUCCAUCAAAGUCCGUCAGCCACAGGACGUCCAGAGUCAACUCCGAGCUCUCCUAGUGUUCAGGGAGACUCUGAACCGAUAUACGCUGAAAGCACCAAGAGGAAGCCUAAGUCACCAGGCAGUGGACUACAGUCCAGUCCUGAGUCCCAAAACCAGACCAAGCAAUCCCAAUGCUCUGAGUCUGAGCAUUCUGGAGAGAGCCAGCGGGCCACCAUCACCGUCAUGGCUGCUCGCACAGAAGAGAACAACAGAACUUUCUUCCUGAGCAGCCCAGAUUCAGGUGUCAGCACUCAGUGCCACUUUAGCCCAACGGCACGCAAAGACCCCAGCAGCCCAGCCUUCCGUUGGCCCAUCCCCAGCCACGGUGCAACCUCUCUAGGCAGAGACGCCUCCUUGUCUCCAAACCUACACCCAAAGCCCCAGUCUAGCCCACCCAUCCCGCCAAAAAGAAGCUCUCGCUCCCCAAAACUUGGUACCUCUAGUCUCUCCCCGUCCUUGUCUUCCCCGGUCCUCCUUCCCGAAUUCCCCAAACUUGGUACAUCUAGCCUCUCAACAUCCGCCUCCUCUCCUUUCCCACUCCCAGAGCUCCCCGUGCUCUUCCUCGUCUCUGCGAGAGAGGGACACUUCAAGGGCCCCGCAGACAUUCAGAGUGCAACGUCCGAACGCUUACACAAGCCCAGCCACCACAGCUCUGGCUGGAACUGCCGCAUCGAGGAAGAAGAAGAGGAGGACGAGCGGAGAGGGAUGGAGAAGAAGACGCUAGUUGCCCCCAGUUCGGGGACAACCUCCCAGGAGACGGGACUCAUCAAUGGCGCCGCUGUCGGGAAGGAAGCCAAUGACUGUAAGCCCCGCAACAGUCCCCCUCCGAUGACAGAGCCAGGCACGGCCCCCCCGGCCUCCCCCGACAAUGAUGCCUCUCAGGGGGAAACCGAGGGCAACGGCGCAGAGGAGAAGGGCAAGCACAACGAGAGCAUGCUGGCCAAGCUAUCGUUGCAUGGAGGCUCGUUAGGGCUGCUGGCAGGAGAGAAAGGAGCUUCCAACCAUGACCCCAACCCACCACCUCCCCCACCCAAAAAGCUGCACAGGGUGAGUGGUAAAAUGAGUGGCAGCACCGUGGAGUUGAACUGCAGCAGCAGCAAGCAGGGGUCAGCAGAGAGCUCGGCGUCGUCCGUCCGGACCCUGGGCAGCAUCAGCCUGCCGGCUGCAUCCACUGACAACCUGACAGCUGACACUGGGUGUCAGGAUGCGGCACGGACGUCUUGUUCGUCGCCUUUUCCCAGAACCCCCGCGGCGGGAUCAGCUGCUGGUUCUCCUCACUCGUCCUCCUUCAGCAACCUGAGCAACCAGCCGCCUCCUCUGCCGGAGAAGAAGAUGGUCAACCGCACCGUGUCGGCUCCGGACAGCGCCAACGGGAAACCCUUCGUCCGAGCCUACCCGCGCCUCCCGUUCGCCGGCUCGGAGAGCAACGUGUGCCGCUCCGCCGACGCCGGCUCCCGCGCCAGCCUGCCGUCGAGCCCCGUCGACCCCCGGCCCGUUUUCUCCUCCAACGAGUCCCUGGAGCGUUGUCACCUCCCUCUGUCCCGGCCCUCCAGGUCCCGGACGCUGGAUGAGCCGCAGAAGGCUCCGGGGCGUUUGGGCGUGCACUGCCGGACCAGCAUCACCUGCUUGUCCUCCCCCCAGCUCAGCGCACCCUUCUCGGCCGCGGAGGCGGGCUCGGCGCCGAACCUCGGCUCCAGCCUGCAGCUCCAGACUCUUCUGAGCAACAUCGACAGCAGGGAGGGCGUGUACUCCAAACUGGGCGGCUUGUAUGCCGAGUCCCUACGACGCUUGGCUCUAAAAUGUGAGGAUCACUUCACUCGCUCCCAGAAGAAUCCGCUGAGGUUCGACGAGAGCAACUGGUCACUGUUCAGGCUCACGUCUAACAAGCCGAGCUGCAAUGCCGGAGAUGCUGUGUACUACUCUGCCGCCUGCGCCCUGGACCCCAGGAACUCCUACGCUGUAAAGAUCUGUAAGAGUUCAUCCAUUGAGGCCAAGCAGGGCCAUCUCUACGGUCUGACGGUGCAGCAGAGCAUCCCUCCUCACUUUAACAUCCAGCAAGAUUGCGGUCACUUCCUCGCCUGUGUUCCCCAGAGCAUGCUGCCUUCAGACGAGGGCUCUGUGCCCGCUGCGCCGCCUCCUGCUUUGCCCCAGUGCGCCGCGCCCGCUCAGGGUCAGCAGGCGGAGCAGGAGAGGGUGGUGGUCAUAACCCCCGAGAUUCCCUACCAGACCGCUGCCGACUUUGUUAGGGAGUGGGAGGCGUUCCACAAAACUCACCCCGAGAUCUACGAGCGCCGCGUUUGCUUCCUGCUUUUGCAGCUCUGCAACGGCCUGGAGCACCUGAAGGAGCACGGGGUCACGCACCGCGAUCUGUGUCUGGAGAACCUGCUUCUGGUCCCUCACCAGCACAGGCCCUCCCACCUAACCCAGCAGGGCGCCGCCGACGGCAGCGUCUGUAACGGCGCGGCUGCCGGAGACGGCCAGCGCCAUCUUCCCCGUCUCCUCAUCAGCAACUUCGCCAAGGCCAAGCGUCGCUCGGCAGAGGACGCGGCGUCGACCAACGGGGACCCCCGCAUUAAGCGCGAUCACGCCAGACUGGCGCCCGAGAUCGUCUCCGCCGCUCAGUAUCGCAAAUUUGACGAGUUCCAGACGGGCAUCUUGAUCUACGAGCUUCUCCACCAGCCCAACCCGUUUGAGGUGAGCCCGGCGCUGAGGGAACAGGACUACCGCUGCGAGGACUUGCCCCCGGUCCCUCCCGUCUCCAUCUACUCUUCGGGCCUCCAGAAACUCGCACAGCUCCUCCUGCAGCCGGACCCCAUCAAGCGCAUCCACAUCCAGGAGGCUAAGCGGAUACUCCAGAGCCUGCUGUGGGGACCCCGGAAAGACCUGAUGGAGCAGCAGUGGGAACGGCACCGGCGAGGCGGGGUCUUUGUCGACGGCUCCCGCAACGAGGGCCUCCUCAACUGGCUGGACGUGAAGAGGGCCCUGCUGAUGAUGAAGUUUGCCGAGCGCUCGCUGGAGCCGGAGAGGAACGCGGAGCUGGAGGACUGGCUGUGCUGUCAGUACUUCUCCACCGCUCACCCGCUGUCUCUCUGCCACACGGCCGAACUGCUCUACUCCCUGAAGUGACGGCUCGCGUGUGCAAGCGGGGCUAAAAAAAAUAAAUAAAAAAUCACGCGUGAACUUGUGAACGUGCGAAUGAGAGCGUCAGAGUUAACGUCCAGACACUUAUCGACUGAACUGUGAAACCUGCUAAUGUUACGUCUGCGUGCAUGAGAGCCAUAAAUCAAACCGUCUACACACUCUGUGCUGGAGCUUUUCCACCAACGGCAGUCCCCUUAUGGGUAGAAGAAGAAGGAAAAAAAGAGAGAGACCCUGAAGAAGUAGAGAUGCACCAAUAAGAAAUUUGUGGCCAGUUACCAAACUACUGAAGGCUUUGACCUGCUGAUAGCGAUUCAUCUUAAUAUAAGGAGAUAAAACGGCACUGAAAAUGUAUCCAGAGUGGUUAAUUAUUCCUAUUAUUCCUAUUAGGAGCAGAGGCAAUAUCUCAGUGUGUGUGUGAGCGACAAGUUGCUAUAAACCGAGGUUGCACUGUUUAUAUAAAAAGGACAAAAAGUAUUACAUCAGUUAGCCUUACAUAUUAGUGAUUAGCAUAGCAACAGUCUCCAGGAUCAAUUCUGGAGAACGUCGAUCCGAACCCGACUCUGAGAUUUUCAAAAAGGCUGCCAGUAUUUCCAAAUGAGGCAUUUUCUACGACAGGCAAAAGUUUAAAAGGUUAAAAAGAUAAAACUCUUUCAACUUUGUUGUAUCCCAAUUACCCUUCCUUUUAAUCUGCCUCUGUUUCUCGCAGCCUACAUGAAACAGAUGGUGUAAAUAACACAGUUUCCUCGAAUGUCUCCGAGAUCUCUUUGAUUCCCUGACUUCAUUUUAAUUGCCUCACAGAUACAAAAAAAAUGGCUAACUGUGAGACUUCUUCCGACAGUAGACCGCAGCGCAGAGUGUUGUCGUCAGCACAUCUGGUAGCUUUUAAUGCGAUGCCUUCACUGAUCAGACUUUUUUUUUUGUUUUGGCGUCUCCAACCAGCCGGACACCCGGUCAGGGCCGAUUUGAGCUGAAAACCGUGAGAUUCCAGUCUUCAGCCAACUUUUUGGUGCAUCUCUACAAAGAAGCGGAUGUAAUAAAAACAAUGCUUACCAAAGUUUCUUUUUUUGACGCUCUGUGUAUUUAUUAAAUAGACGUGGAAGCAGCUGAUGCACUGUGGAAGCCUAAUAACUUAUAACCUGAUUCUGUGUCUGCCUUUUAACACUUUGUGUCUAAGUAUACAUCUCGCUUUUCUCCCUUAUUUACAUCUAAUUUCUUCUCAAAAUAAGACGGGGAUUCUUGUUGAUUUGAGCUGCACCUUUUCUUCCACGUCUCAAGUCGUAGGCACAUAGUGCUGUACUGUGAAAGCAACCCCAGUCCACUGGUUCACUGGCCAAAAUGAUCAAAGCACCCCCCGCCUAUGUGUUGACUGACAAAGCUUUCCUUCGCCCUGCUGACUUUCCUCACAUAUUUAAACGUUCUGACAUUCGUUGCAGUGCCUUUUUUGUUCUUUCUGUAUGUUACAGUGAUUCGAACCAUGUGUAAAUAUAUUCCUGAUCAUUUGUCCUUUUGUGAAACUGGCCUUUCACAGAAUGUUCCGGUAACAACUUUGUACAGAUAUUUGUAAAUGAUUUCCAAAAGCAAAUGUGGGGCCCAAGCAGGUCUUUUUAAAAAAAAAAAAAAAAAAAAAAAAGCCAUGCAUAUGAGCUGCAGUUAUUAUUUAUAAUGUAUGUUUGUUUUCCUGUAAAACUCACUGGAUGUUUUACUAUUUUUUUUUUUUUCUUUUUGUGACUCAUGUUGGCAGCAGAAAAAGGUUCAAAUUAUGAUUUUUUUUUUUUUGUUAUGUUUGAAUAAACUGUCCAAUAAACCGCCUGCCUGCAGGUGUUUGUCCACGAAUAAUUUUGAUUUCUACCGGAGGAAAAAACAUGCUCUCAACUAAUGCAUAAUGGAUUAGAGUUUGUUUGUGUGCCUCUCCCACUUGUGUCGAUCAAUAAACUCUGCAUAUAUUUUCUCACA